CAGCAGCAGCAACAGCAACAGCAACAGCAACAGCAACAUCCGCCGCCACCGCUUGCAGUAGAAGCGUGGAAGCUGAUGCAUCUACCGCCCGGCCUGGCGCUGUGAUGGAGUAAGGGGUGCAGCCGGCAGAGAAGCAGCCUCCCAGCUCCACACACACGCGCACCGGGGUCGGGGGGCCUGGACUCCCCUUAACCCCGAGCCCUUCCCCCUCCCCCCUUCCGCCGCCGAACCUUACCGGGGAGGAGGUUGAUAAUAGCGGCGGGAGAUGCUGCUGGAGCGGAUCCCCACCGAGCUCCACUAAGGGAAGCCUUCCCCGGUCGCACCGUGCACCGGAGCCGCUUCACGGACUAGCUUGGGGCGGCCACCUCUCCCUCCUGCCUCUCCGGCUCCUGCACCGGAGGAACUCGAACACAGUUUUCUUUUUGUCUGGAAGUCUCAGGGACUCAGGAGGAGGGGCGCCAGGGUCCCAUGUGUGGGAGGAUUUCUUCAGCUCCCGGAACUUGUACGGAUUUAAGUUACUUCUUUGGGCAGUGGUUCAACUUUGUUUUCAAACGAAUUUUUGCAUCUUGGCCAUUGUACCGUGUCUGGUUACAGAGUUGGACCCGAACUUUCUUUUUAACCAGGAAUCAUCAGUGUCGAAGUGUCUGCAAUGAACCCGGUGAAUGCUACUGCUCUUUACAUUUCAGCGAGCCGCCUAGUGCUCAACUACGACCCUGGGGAUCCCAAGUCAUUUACAGAAAUUAAUAGGCUCCUACCUUUCUUCAGACAAUCCCUGUCUUGCUGCGUUUGCGGAAAUUUGCUGCAAGAUCCUAUUGCUCCCACCAACUCGACAUGUCAACACUAUGUUUGCAAAACUUGUAAAGGCAAGAAAAUGAUGAUGAAGCCGUCAUGUAGCUGGUGCAAGGACUACGAACAGUUUGAGGAGAAUAAACAAUUAAGCAUCUUAGUAAACUGCUACAAAAAACUAUGUGAAUAUAUAACACAAACUACAUUGGCACGGGAUAUAAUUGAAGCAGUUGAUUGUUCUGCUGAUGUUUUGGCAUUGCUCAAAGAUGGAUCUUUGCUUUGUGAGGAGAUGGAAAAACCCUCAGAUUCAUCCUUUGCUUUGUGUUUGACACAUUCCCCUUUACCUUCAACAUCAGAACCUACUAAUGACCCUCAAGCUAGUUUAUCCCCAGUACCUGAAAGCACACUCAAUAUUGAUAUCAGCAGUUCUGUUAUCAAUGGAUUGCCCACUUGUAAUGGGCUUUCAAUAGAUAAGUUUGGUAUAAAUAUUCCUUCACCUGAACAUUCAAAUACAAUUGAUGUAUGUAACACUGGAGUUGACAUAAAAACUGAAGAUAUAUCUAAUAGCUUGCCACCUGUCUGUGACUCAGUUUCUACUGACUUGUGUCCAGGCAUCAAUAUCUGCAGUUUCAGUGAAGAUAUAAAACCUGGUGACUCUUUAUUGCUUAGUGUGGAGGAAGUACUCCGGAGCUUAGAAACUGUUUCAAACACAGAGGUGGUUUGUUCUAAUUUGCAGCCUAACUUGGAAGCUGGUGUAUCUAAUGGACCUUUUAUGCAGCUCUCUUCCCAACCUCUAAGCCAUGUUUUCAUGUCCACCAAUCCGUCACCUCAUGGGAUAUCAUGUACAGCAGCAACACCUAAGGUCGCUAAGUUGAAUAGAAAACGAUCAAGGUCAGAAAGUGAUAGUGAGAAAGUUCAGCCACUUCCUAUUUCUAGCAUCAUCCGGGGCCCAACACUGGGGGCAUCAGCUCCUGUAACAGUGAAACGAGAAAGCAAAAUCUCUAUUCAGCCUAUAGCCACUGUUCCUAAUGGAGGCACUACUCCCAAAAUCAGCAAAACUGUACUUUUAUCUAAUAAAAGCAUGAAAAAGAAUUUGGAACAUGGACCCAAAAAAUCUCACCCUAAAGCCAAACCAGGUCUUCUGAAAACAAAAGAUAAAGCAACAAAGGAAAAGAUUCCUAGCAAUAAUGUUAUGCCAGGAAGUCCUACCAAGACUGUGUACAAAAAGCCACAAGAGAAGAAAGGGUGUAAGUGUGGGCGUGCUACUCAAAAUCCAAGUGUUCUUACCUGCCGAGGCCAACGCUGCCCUUGCUACUCUAACCGCAAAGCCUGCUUAGACUGUAUAUGUCGUGGCUGCCAAAACUCAUAUAUGGCCAAUGGUGAGAAGAAGCUGGAGGCAUUUGCAGUGCCAGAAAAGGCCUUGGAGCAGACCAGGCUUACUUUGGGCAUUAAUGUGACCAGCAUUGCAGUGCGCAAUGCCAGCACAAGCACCAGUGUAAUUAAUGUAACAGGGUCACCAGUAACUACGUUUUUAGCUGCCAGUACACAUGAUGAUAAAAGUUUGGAUGAAGCUAUAGACAUGAGAUAUGACUGUUAAGUCAGUCUGUCUUUUCACCCUACUCUGUUAGGGCAAUAGCUACAGUUUUAAGGCAGCUAUGGUUCUGUUGGUUUAACUUGCCGGAGCUCCUGCAUAUAGAUCACUUGUAUCAAGUGUUUCAUUGCUAAGUUAUAUGUGUUAGUGUCGGGGAAAUAGUUUGCAGAUAAUGGAGGAGUAACCCUACAACUAUAUGUCCUUAGUUCUUACAGAACCUCAUAGUUUGAGAACAAAUGCUGAUGCAACUGAUUUAUACAAAAUGAUCUUUGGCAAGGAAAAUAACAUUAACCUCAUUGUUUCUGGUCAUGCUUUGUGCGUAAUCAAAGUUUCUGAUUAAAUGUAAGGAAGUGGUAUCUAGUCAGUCCAUCAAGAUUGUGCUAAUUUUAUGUGGAAAAGUAGCCAUUAGCUUGGUUUUUUUUGGUGGGGGGGGAGAGGGAGGGAGGUUGUGUUGCUUCCAGAAAGCCAGGGAUUUCUCCUGUUGAAAAGCCGAUGUAUCCAGCCCAACCUUUGUGCUGACAUACCAUUUCUGAUCAUGAAAAUUGGCUACGUGGUAUAAGUAGCAGUUCAUAAAUCAGUAUUAUGAAAGAGAAAAUUUGCCCCUCAUUAGAAAUGCUUAAGAAAUCUAAGUGAAAGAACUGAAAUUGUCAGCUAGACUUCAAACGUUAAGCUGUUAAUUCUAUAAGCUCUUCUAAGUUGAGCCCCCUGUAUUAGUUAAGUCUGAUUAAUUUCUGGUUUUAAAAAAUCUAUAAAGUUCUUCCUUCACUUUGAGCAGUGUUCUAAUUGGCUACAUAAGGAAGUGGAGAAGAGCCAUUUUAUUCUGAAGGCAUUUGAAUUUAGACUAUACUAGGUGACAAAAUAAAUAUAUGAACCAAUAGGUAGUUCCUUUAGAAAUUGGGAUUUGUUUAAAAUAAUUUUGGAAUAAUGCCCUACAACUUGUCCAGAUUUAUUAUGCAUUAUAUUACUGCCAUAGGCCACUUCUUCAUUUUUGGUUUUUGUAACAAGUUUCUUGCAACAUACAUAAUUUUGAAUAUGGCUCUUGGUUAAAAAGGUGCUAUUUGGUUAUGAAGGCUUCUUUAUAGAAACUUAAAACACCUUUGUACGAAGCCUGUGUAUUUUUUAGGUAGGUUUGAAAAUAGGGGAAUCUUCUUUAGAAUGCUCUUUUGCAUGUAAAGCACAAAAAAUGUUUCAGUUUAAAUCCACCUCUUCCCUUUUCUACUGGGGAGACAGAUGAGUCAAACAUUCUGUUGAAGGGAAAUCUAGUCAGUUGCUUUUCAAAGAGCACAGCACAAACAAAAACUAGGACUGACUAGAUUGUAAAGAAAUGCCCUACUGAUUUAAAAGGAGAGUCGCUGUUUUGACAGCAUGUGUUAAGAAAAAUACUGCUAGAAACUUUCCAAUUUCAACGUCCACCAUCUCAAGUGAGAUCUGACAUAACAUUGAAGAUAUGUUUUGAUUUGGCACACAGCAUGUACAAUGAUGGUUACUCACCUAGUCCAAGAAACGAGGGAAAACCUUUGGACACAGAGCAGAUGACACCUCCUUCUGUUUUGUAGUGUACCCUGGUGUCAUUUUCUGUGAAUGUGGUCAGGUAGAGUUGUUUUUGUUGUUGUUGUUGUUUGUUGUUGGGUUUUUUUUUUCGUCUUUUUUCGGUGGGGUGGGGGUGGGGGGCUAAAGCCAUAGGAAGAAAAAUGUGAUGUAUGUGUCCAGUAUGUACUAUUUUGUUUUUGUUUUGCAAGAAGAGUCGAACUAUUUUUGAUAACAAGAGUAAAUGGUGGAAAAUGCUUCUUAGUGGUCUUGUCUUUAUUUGCUACCCCUAGUUUCUCAAGAUUUUAUUUAAGUCAUGUGUUAGCAAUGUCAUAUGAAAAAAUGUAUUUGGUCAGGAUUUGUAAUAAUUUUGUGUUGACCAAAAAUUGCCAUAUCGUAGAAACUACUUCCAUGAGUUUAUGAUUAUAACUUAAAAUGUAAAUUAGUUAUUUAUUCCAGAAAUGAUUAUUGCAAAGAAAAUGCUAGAAAUGGACUAAUUGGGAUAUUUUUGCAAGGCCCCUAGGUAUUCUUAAUGCAGCUGAUGUUAUGACUCUAAAUUCAGAGUUACCUGAUUGUUUCCCAAAUUUAAUGUGAUUACCUUAGUUUCCUGUUUAUUGCUGCAUGGGAUGGUGGCAAUUUAGAAAAUGUGGAAACCAUGAGUAUGUGAGACCUCUGAUUGUUGUGUAAUGUUGAAAAUGAUGAUUUCAGGUUGUUUUUAACACAGAUUUCCCUUUUUUAUGCUGGUAUUCUCACUGCCACGUUUUUUGAAAUAUGUAUUAUGCCCUAAGUCUAUCAAUAAAUGUUAGUUUUCUAAUUCUAUGUUGUA